AUGUCAAAUUGGCCUUUGCCAAAUCCAGAUGUUCAAUGUUUGCUUUGUACGCUUCCAACCAAAAGCACUGGCCAUCCAAUUGGUCCUCUUUGGCAGGCUUUUUCUCCAGUCCCGACAGAUAAAAAACCCAAAGCAAGAUGUAUUUUCUGCAAUCAUGAUAAACCCAUAUCGGGUACUGCAGCAGUAAUAAGUUCAUAUAUUAAAAAAUGUUCAAAAAUUUCUUUAGAUGUUCGAACAUAUCUUCUUAAUGCUUAUCAAUUUCAACAACAAAAAAAUGUGAUAAACUCAACUAUUAUACGGGAUCAACAACCUGGUAAUUCCUUGGAUGAAUCAAUUGCAUUACUCAUGUCAACUUCGAAUUGGUCAAUUGUUUCUACACAAUCAGAUAAUAAUAUUGCACAAUUGCCAAUUGAUGUUUAUGAAUCUAAUCAAUUAUUGUUGGAGAGUAUUAUAGAAGGUGGUGCGCCUCUUUCUUUUAUGGAUGCUAAAAAAUUUAAAGAGUUUGUUUGUUCAAUUAAUAUGCAUUAUAAUGUCCCAGCACGAAAACAACUUACAACCAAGGUUCUUAAUAACGUUUAUAAAAAAGUUCAAACUUCAGUUCAAAAGUUUAUUUGUAAGUCUGAGUGGAUUUCUAUUGCAACUGAUGGAUGGACAAACAUCUGUCAAGAUCAUAUUAUAAAUUUUAUGACUAUUGGCAAAAAUCGAAGAACUGAGCUUGUUAAAAUUAAAGAUACUUUUGGAGAAAGUCAAACUUCAACAGUUAUUUUUAGAGAUUUAGAAGAUAUUUUAAUACGAAUUGGUACUGAAAAGAUCAAUGCGAUUAUUACUGAUGAAGCUGCAAAUUAUAUUCGUAUGAAGGCUAUGCUUACUCAAAAAUAUUCAAAUAUCUUGGCAUUACCAUGUACAGCACAUGAAUCAAAUCUUUUAGUUGCUGACAUGUUAAAGCAUAAAUAUAUGAAAUUGACUAUAAAUUUGGCUACAAAAAUUAUUACUUAUUUGUGA